GCACUGGGAGUUGGAGCAUGAUUUGGGGUGAAGGUGUGUUUCCUGGGAGCUGUUUCCCUGCGGAGGAGUGCAAGUUACCGAAGGGCUGGGAAAGAAAUCAGACUUUGACCUCUGCCUUGCCAAGAAUUGACAGAGGAGGAAGCGACCUGUUGUGAAGAGGUUCCUGGAUGCGAGUGUGAACCGUCAGUUCAGACCUGUUCUCGUAACUGAAGGAGCUCCAGCCUCCCAGGGGAGAGUCUCAGCACCUCACCUCCCCGCUCCCACCCCCCUCCCUCCACUCCCCUGGGGAGGAAGGGUGAUAGUGGACAGGGUUAAAAAAAAACAUGCAGACGUGGCUCAAAGCGAAGCGAGUGGGGUUCUGUCUCAGCGAUAAGAAAAAGAAGAAGCUGAAUUUGGUGGUCUUUGCAGAGCUGUGUCGGACAAGAGGAAUUGAGGUUGUACAGAUCGAUCUGACGCGGUCAAUCGAAGAGCAGGGACCGUUCGACCUGAUCGUUCACAAGCUUUCAGACUUGAUGCGCGACGCCACUCAGAAUGACACCCAAUCCCAGCAGCUCGUCCAGAAAUUCCAGGACUAUGUUGAAGCCCACCCCCAAAUCAUCUUGUUGGAUCCCUUGCCGGCAAUGUGGAGACUUUCCGAUCGCUUUCAAUCCUACAAACUUAUUCAGGAGCUGCAGGCCCAGGACAAAGGUCGUUGGUUCUGCAAUCCUCCCUAUCUGGAGCUAGCCGCCGCAAACCAGAGUGAGAUCCAGCUUCAGAUUAAAGAACAAAACCUGACCUUUCCACUCAUUUGCAAAACCAGGGUUGCACAAGGAUCCAGCUCUCAUGAUAUGGCUCUUAUCUUCAACGAGGAUGGUCUGAGGGAUGUGACUCCACCCUGUGUCCUGCAGAGCUUCAUCAACCACAACGCCAUCCUCUACAAAAUCUUUGUCAUCGGCCAAUCAUAUUUUGUCGCCAAGAGGCCCUCUCUGAGGAACUUUGCAGUCGGCCAAUCAGAUCAGAAGACGAUAUUCUUCAACAGCCAUGAAGUCUCAAAGCCAGAAUCCUGCUCACAUUUAACGGAGAGAGGGGAAGGGGAUCGCCUUCCGAGUGGACCGUCUGACAGAAUCAUCCAGUUCAUCAGCCAAGGCCUUCAGGCAGCUCUGGGCUUGUCGCUGUUCGGGGUGGACGUGAUCGUGGAUAAUAAAACCAGCAAACUCGCACUGAUUGAUAUCAACGCAUUUCCAGGUUACGAGGGUGUCCCGGAAUUCUUCAGCGCUCUCUUGAACCACAUGGAGGCGCUAUUGCGGGAACGGGAGAGGGACCCGCAGGGACGAGGCCGAUUGGCCAAUCAGCCGGGAGCCGGCCGGUGGUGCCGGGACCUGCCGGAGGCCUGGUCACCCGCCUCCAUCUCUAACCGUGCCAACGGCCUGGCCAGCGAGGGUUGGGAGCCAGAGGAAACUCCCAUGGGGAAGCGGGCAUCGGAGUCUGGCCGCUUCCAGGACUUUUCCUUACCGCCGGCCGGCCUGUGCCAGUCCACCUGUGAAUAACCAUCCUCCACCAUCUCCCCCCCCCCAUUAGACGCCCUCCAUUAAAAACGAAACACCAGUUGGGCAAAGCAGCAAUGGGAGCUUGUACCUUCAGGACGUAGACAUAGAACAUAGAACAUCCGAGUGCAGUACAGGCCCUUUGGCCCUUGAUGUUGUGCCGACCUGUGAAACUAAUCUAAAGCCCAUCUAACUUACACUUCCAUUUUCAUCCAUAUGUCUAUCCAAUGACCAUUUAAAUGCCCUUAAAGUUGGCGCAUCUACUACUGUUGCAGGCAGGGCGUCCCAUGCCCAUACUACUCUCUUGAGUAGAGAAACUACCUCUGACAUCUGUCCUAGAUCUAUCACCCCUCACUUUAAAACUAUGUCCCCACGUGCUAGCCAUCACUCGAAAUUCCUUCUCCACAGAAGAUGGUGUUAUUUGACACCCUCGAAUCUAGGGCUCAUAAAAUCCCUACUGUGGAAACAGGCCCUUCGGCGCAACAAGUCAGCACUGACCCUCCAAAGAUUAUCCCACCCAGAUCCAUUCCCCUACUAUUUUGCAUUUCCCCUGGCUAAUGCACCUCACCUACACAUCCCUGAACACUGGGCUGUUUAGCACAACCAAUCCACCCUAAGCUACACGUCUUUGGAUUGUGGGAGGAAACCGGAGCACCCGGAGGAAACCCACGCAAACACGGGGAGAACAUGCAAACUCUGCACAGACACCUGAGGCUGGAAUUCAACCCGGGUCCCUGGUGCUGUGAGGCAGCAGCGCUAACCAUUGAGCCACCAUGCCAUCUGUGUUUGAGGGUCUGUGUUUGAAAGGUUGUGUCCAAGGGUCUGUGUUUGAGUGUCUGUGUUAAUGAUUGAAAAGGCUCGGUCAGUCUCUGAGGGUCUGUGUUUGAGGCUUUGUGUUUGAGGAGCUGGAUGAGGGAUUAUUCAGCAACUGAAAAGCCUCCGGAAUCACGUAUAACUCCUUCCAGAUAUGAUCCUCUGCACAGACUGGUGUUUCUGAACCCCCAGCCUCUCAGAUACUUGCUGCUCUGUGCUGGAUUACACAAACUUUACUGUAGUUGAUCUCUUAUCAACGGUUUCAUGAAGUGAUUAGAAACUACUGACGGUUUCUACAUCUUGUUUUAUAGCUGUGUGUAUAAAUAUGCAAAAUGUUUGACUGAAAUUCAAGUCCAUUUUUUUAAGAGGACUGUUUUUUCCCCUGAAAUGCUGUAAUGUCUUGA